AUUCCAUGAAUCUUAUUUAAAUCGCGACCGCCAAGUGCUUUUAAGUUAUGAUAAAUUUUAGAGUUAACUAAACCAGUGUAUAAUAAAACGAAUAGUUGAACAAUCAUCGAAUAGUUUUGGCGAAUAUCUCUAUUUUCAGUUUUACAGUUAACGUCUAUUGAAUUGACUUCACAGUUGAAUGUAAAAGUUUGAACUGGUUUGAACUUGCAGUGCUCCUAAAAUGGGAUUGGGAUCGAUGACGGGAUGGUUCCCACUUCGGAAACUAACUCAAGGAUAUAUUGUUAUUGCUGGCGGUCUAAUAUCGACUCUUGCAAUAAAGCUGGUGCAGCAGUUUUAUAGAAGACGAAGCGAAGCAAGUUCGAACAUUGGCAUGAACAAUGUAGUAAUCAUUACUGGAUGCGACUCGGGCUUAGGCUACAACAUGGCAAGUAUGUGCCUGAAAGCAGGCAUGCGGGUAAUAGCAACGUGUUUGCACAGUGAAUCUGAAGGAGCUAUUCAAUUAACCAGCCAAAGUGACACAACAGGACAGCUGUAUUUGGUAAAUCUGGAUUUGACUGAUCGCGGAAGUAUUGAGAAGGCACAUCAUAGUAUUCUUGAAUAUUUAGCAAGAGCCGGCCCUAACGUUCGUCUAUAUGGUGUUGUAAAUAAUGCAGCUGUAAUGUGCUUUGGUGAAGCGGAGUGGUUGUCGCCGGAAUUAAUAGAUAUGCCGGUAAGAGUGAACCUUAUAGGUACAAUGCAAUUUACCGUACCUCUCCUAAGCAAGAUUAGAGAACACCGAGCACGCAUCGUCAUCGUAACAAGCCACUGCAGUCGCCAGGCAUUACCCGGUUUGAGUGUAUACUCCGCGACGAAGGCGGCUCUUCGAGCUUGGACGGAUGCUUUGCGCAUGGAGCUAGCGCCUCACGGUGUACCAGUCGUUGAAUUUAUACCCGGCUCAUUUUUGUUCCAUUCAAACAUUUGCGGCCGUCAAAUGUAUUACUUUGAUGAAAUGUGGCACUAUAUGAGUGAAAAACAACGACUCUUCUACGACAACUACUUCAAUCGAUAUCGCAACUAUCUAGAACCAUUGUGUAAACCACGUGGGGCACAACACAUUGCCCAAAAUGAUCAGCUCUAUAGUUGUGUAAAACGCGUUCUGUUUGAUAAACAUUCAAAACCGAUAUAUAAAUGCGAACCUUGGCGCUAUUGGGUAUACUAUAACGCGUUUCGUGUCGCGCCUUUGUCACUGCGCGAUAAACUUGUUCAUAAAUUUAUAGCCAUGCCUGAAUUUUAGUAGCAAAAAAAACUAAGUUAAAGGAUUUAGCCUUCUGAAAAGCUAGGGUUUUAUAACGGUACAUAUUUUGUAAUAAAACGUAUGUUCGUUUUUAACGCGAUAGACCAAAAUCAAUAACAGGAACAAUAGCAUACAGGUCCCAAAUAUAAAUGCUGAAAAUAGAAAAUUGUGAACAACGAUA